AUGCAUGGUCACAAUGUAAAUCAUUCAGAAUUGAAAAGAGCUUUUAAAUUAAAUUUGUGGUCGUACUUUCAAAUUUAAUUUAGAACCUUCAGUAAUGGUAGUUCCAGUAUGUUGUUUAACAAAGAUUAAUUAAUUCUUGCUCUAAGAGAUGAGAUUGAAGAGGUCUUUUAUUCAGAUAUGAUCUGUAGAUUAUAAAGAUGA